CUUGUACGUCACGCUCGCUUCUUAGCCUCGCACAGCAUCGUGCUAGCGAGAAGACAUCAUGACAACCAACGAUAUCUCCGAGCCACCGCAACCACAGCCAGCAGAAAGACGGCGAAGACAGCGAAGAAAUCCCAAAUGGGAGCCUAGAUUCAAGCCUGUGGUGAAAUUGAAAGUCGAGGACCUCCAGCGUGCCUGCGAAGCAUGGGACAUGCAAUUACCGAACGAUGAACAAACACCAGAAACUUUACAAAUACUUACAGAGAUUCUUUUCAAAGGGAAUGUUGAUCUCCAGCAGGCCUUUGUACUACAAUACGCCCACAAUUUUCUCUUCAGCGCGAUACAAAGGUUACUAGGCCAACUUGGCUGUGGCCUCAUUGCCUUUAAGUUUGGCCGUGGAGCCCAGCCACCUAUCGAAGCGCACCUUCGGAAAGGACUCACGAAACCCCUCCAUCGAUUUCCAGAAUGGCUCAAUGACUAUGUGGUUCUCAAGCCGUACCAAGCGUUGGAAAUUAUACACGACUCGCCUGCGCAUUCGUGUCCGCCUUGCAGCCCCAUCUCCAGCUCCAGCCUUCACACGACUGCACAUGCUGUCAACCACGCGGCGCCUUGCGAAGGGGAAGGACAGCCGGCAGCCUGAUGUCGCAGACAGGUAUUGACCACACAGGAUCUGGUGUACUGGCACAGUAGAGGCAGGGAGGGGCUGUAUAGAGCGGUCAUGUUGCUACUCGGGAGGAAGAGGAAGGGGCAGAUCAGGUGGAGUGAUGUGUGGUUGCAGGGAUAGCUCAAUGCGGUUAGUACCUACGACUUAUCACUCCACUGUACCGUUAAUAGACGCGACUGUGAGCUUUGAACGAUGGAUAGAGUUUGGUCUGUAUCCUAUCUCCUCUGCAUUGUCAUUUCAGCAGGU